UGCUCCCCUGAACUACAAAACAAGCGCGCCCAAUUUCCAAUCAGAUUAAUUGGACAGGUAGUUGCGUGCGGGCGAAACUAGCUAAACUUCAGGAGCUGCAGUCCACUGACGUCAAGAAUAAAAUGGCAGGAGUUUUAGGAAUGCACUCCUUUACAAAAGAGCUAACUUUAGCUGAUGUUUUCGCCGAGGACUCUGAAAAUGAGCGAACAUUUUAUGGGUUUUCUGACAGCGAACUCAGCGACCACUGCAAUGAGAAUUCAAAUUUGGAAGAUGAAGCCCAGCCUGACCUUUUCCCCAAGGAGCAGAAAGCCACAUCCAAACCAUCUUCUGGUUCCCAAACCUUCAAGCUGAGGGUUGCUCUCUGCUCCACUGCUUCUACCAUGCACUCCAGUGACGAUGAGGACGCAGAGGAGGAAGAAAAGAUGACAAAACAGAGAGGGGUGAAGAAGGCAGGAAAGACCAGUGGGGCAAAAUUAGUGAAACAUGUUAAAUUUGAGGAUGAAGAGACCCCAGUGGCUCCUGAGGAGAGCGGAUCUGAUUCGGCAGAAGAUGUAUCGGAUUCUUUCCUGGCCAAGAGACAACAGAACAUCAAGGCCAACAAAGCAAUGUUGGCCCAGCUAAUGGCAGACCUUUACAAGAUGCCAGGAGGUGCAGGGCUACUGAAGAAAAAAGCAGGCAAACAGAAGACAAAAGAGAGAAGUUCUCGUCCACCAUGCUCCGGUGCAGCUGGAAGAGGGAGGAAGAACCCAGAGCGGGUGACUCGCAGACAGACCCGCUCUAUGGGGGGAGGUGCAGAUCCUUCAGCACCUAAGGAGGAAGAACUGGAACUCAGCUUGGAGGAGGAGCUGCUGGAGGUACGCCGAGCCCCACAGCGACGUGGCGCCCCACGACCUAAUCAGUGCAAACCUCAUUUUAUCCGUCCUGUUGAGGACAUCACAGAGGCUGAGCUUCAGCUGGUCGCAGAUAACAUGACUGAGAAAGUCUACAACAGAGUCACAGGCUCCACGUGUCAUCAGUGCCGUCAGAAAACUGUCGACACCAAGACGUGCUGCCGCAGUGAGGACUGUCGGGGGAUUCAGGGUCAGUUCUGCGGGCCGUGCCUGAGGAACAGAUACGGAGAGGAUGUCAAGAAGGCGCUGCUUGAUCUGGUUGGACUGCUGACACGCACCCUACACCUGUGCAGAUGCACAUUAUUUCAGUAUUUAAUGAUUGGAAGUGCCCUCCAUGUCGUGGCAUUUGCAACUGCAGCUUCUGCCGCCAGCGUGAGGGCCGCUGCCCGACUGGCAUCCUGUUCCCUCUGGCUCAGUACCACGGCUUCUCGGACGUCCACUCCUACCUCAGCAGGUGGUUUUGAUAAAUUCAGCCUCUGUAACAAACUGAAGAGUGAGGAUAACGAUGUAGAGUGACAUCAACACUAGGGGGAGCACUUGAUAAAUUCUCUUUUACUUUGAAGUCCUAGUAAAAUGUAAACCUGUGAUUUUACAUGAAUAAAGUAUUUUUUGAUCAG